CAUUCCACAUGGAUAAUUACACCAGUGAUGAAGACAUUGAUGAUGACUUUGACACCCAGCUCAUCAUUCAACAGAGUUUACAGGAUAUUCACAAGCCAGGAACUACACAGCAGUCACCUGAGGAUGAGAGCUUUUUGAGUGCUUACUAUAAGAAGAUAGUUGAAACAAUAGAGACAGGUAAGGAAGAUGUAUUGUCACAGUUGACCAAGUACCAUUCAGCUUUUGAUGAAGCAGAUGAGAUAGGCUGGCUUCCUCUUCAUAAGGCUGCAGUACAAUUAAAUAAGAACAUUUUGGAAAUCACCCUGAAAGCCUCAAAACUCAGUGUGUGGGAGCAAACCACCCACAAUGGUGAAACGCCACUGUUUUUGGCUGUCAGCAAUUGCCUCUUAGAAAACGUCAGUUUUCUCCUUCUCAAUGGCUGCAAUCCAAAUGCCAAGAAUGUCGAAGGCAAUUCACCUCUUCUUACAGCUGUUCUACAGGACUCCUACGAUAUGGCCUCCUUGCUGAUCAGCCAUGGAGCCAAUGUCAAUCUGUUGUGUGCCAACAAGAGGACAGCACUCCACGAAGCAGCCAAGCUGGGCAGACGGGACAUAGUGGCACUCCUGCUGGCUUCCGGGGCACACCCUGACCCACAGAGCUCCUACGGGUUCACUCCUCUUGCUCUUGCUGCCCAGAGCGGACACACUGAAAUCAUGGAACUCUUACUGCGGAAAGGAGCUAAUGCUCUUGGUCAGGCCUCUGACUCUUCUUCCAUCUUACUUGAAGCUGCUAGCGGAGGAAAUCCAGACUCGGUGACUCUCUUGCUAGAGUAUGGAGCUGAUGCCAACGUCCCUAAGAAUUCAGGUCACCUGCCCAUUCAUGUAGCAGCUGACAGAGGUCACUUGUUAGCUCUGAAGAUUUUGGUUCCCGUUACUGAUUUUGCUGCCAUUAAGCGGAGUGGCAUCAGUCCAGUUCACUGUGCAGCAGCAGGAGCACACCCCAAAUGCCUGGAACUUCUCAUCCAGGCGGGAUUUGAUGUGAAUUUCAUGCUCGAUCAGAGAAUCCGCAAACACUACGAUGACCACAGGAAGUCAGCUCUGUAUUUCGCUGUAUCAAAUGGUGACCUUUCUUCAGUUAGGCUGCUUCUGAGUGCUGGAGCUCUGCCUAAUCAAGACCCAGUUAACUGUCUCCAGAUAGCCCUCAGGAUGGGCAACUAUGAGCUGGUAAGUCUGCUGCUACGGCACGGGGCGAACGUUAAUUACUUCUGCAGAGUCAACCCUUUACAUUUCCCAUCGGCCCUGCAAUACACUCUGAAAGAUGAAGUCAUGCUCAGGAUGCUGCUGAAUUAUGGGUAUGACACAGAGCGAUGCUUUGAUUGUCCUCACGGAGACAAAGCUCAUCGUUUCUAUGCUUUUGAAGGCUGGACGUCUACAGUUAUCAAAGAUACUAUGUUCUGUGAAGUAAUAACUUUGUCGUGGCUGCAGCAUCUGUCUGGGAAGGUUGUUCGAGUGAUGCUGGAUUAUGUUGACCAAGUUAGGAUCUGUUCAAAGUUGAAAGCUGUGCUCCAAAAACAGGGGCUCUGGUCAGAAAUCCAUUUUAUCUUGACAAACCCUCGCUCUCUUAAACAUUUGUGCCGCCUCAAGAUCCGGAAGUGUAUGGGACGUUUACGCCUGCGCUGCCCCGUCUUCAUGUCAUUUCUUCCAUUACCCAAUCGUCUAAAGUCAUAUGUUCUUUACAAAGAAUACGACCUUUAUGAACAAGGAAUUUUCACAGGAACCUGGUAAUCAAACUAUUCUGGAUGAAAAGGUUUCUGGAUGUGGAAGUGAGGAAAGAAACUGAGAAGACAUUCAUUCAGCCACACCUGUAUACCAUCAUAUGGCACAUCAACACAGAGAACGGAGGGGCAGCAUUAUGGCCACAGGCCCAGUCAGUUAUAGCUUGACGUUUAUGUGUUCAGUCUUAGCAUACAUUUUUUUUUUUUUUUUUGGCAUAAUACGGUCCUUCUUACGGAAACUGAAGCUGUAUGAUUUCUUUCUGAUGUAGGGAUUCAUGGCUAUAUAGACUAUUUCAGUAAGUACAGACUUAAAAUUACUUUUAUAAUAUAGUUUUCACAUAGAAAAUUUGUAAAACUAGCUGGCAUGAAUAAUUUUUUAUUUUUUUUUAAUCAA